CUUCAUGCUUGAAGGACGAAAGGUGUGCGGAAAGGAUGGAAAGUAAACAGGUGCUGAAUGUCGAGCGUGUGCAAGCUCUGCAAAAGUGGCUUAGAACAAGCAACACGAAGCUCACCCAAGUUAACGGCCAGCGAAAGUAUGGAGGACCACCUGAAGUGUGGGAUGGUCCUACCCCAGGACCAAACUGUGAGGUUUUCAUCAACCACAUCCCACGGGACACCUACGAGGACAUGCUGAUCCCCCUCUUCAGCACUGUGGGACCACUGUGGGAGUUUCGCCUUAUGAUGAACUUCAGCGGGCAAAACCGUGGAUUUGCCUAUGCCAAAUAUGGCACCGCAGGUGUAGCGAAAAAUGCCAUACAGCAGCUCCACGGUCACAUGCUGGAGCCCGGCAUGCAUAUAAGUGUCUGCCGGAGCACCGAGAAGAAGCACCUCUGCAUCACAAAUCUGCCGGCCACCACCAAGCCAGAUGAGCUUCUUCAGGUGCUGUGUGGGCUGACAGACGGGGUGGAGAGACUUUCUCUCAAGGCUGGACCAGGAAUAGAAGGUGUGUCAGCUCAAGUUGUCUUCUCAUCUCACCAUACUGCCUCAAUGGCAAAGAGGAUGCUUGUCGAAGCGUUCCAGAAGCAGUAUGGCUUAAACAUCUCCAUCAAGUGGAUGUCUUUGAUCAAACCACGCACAGAUGACAUGCACCCUCUUCAAAAGCGCGCAAGCCCUGUGGCGUCGUCCCUGAAGCUUCCGUGCAACAUUGUCAACCCCCCACACAUCUUGGCCGCGCCUCCUCGCCUGCAAUACCCUCUGUCCUCCGUUCCUCCUGAUUUCUGCAAAGCAGUGGGAGGACCCACUGCCUCAAAAACCGACGUGUCCGUCCUGUCGGUGUCUGCAGCAAUGGUGCUUCAGAAGAUGUGCGUGGCCACUGGUGUUGGCCUGCCACAAAUUGACUUUUAUUGGAGCCACGCAGGGCCUAAUGGCUUUAUCAGCUUGACCUACAAAGUGCAUAUCCCUGGUCUAGCCACUAUCUUCAGAGGGCGUGUCAUGGUCUUACCAGGUCCCACAGCCGCUACCACCCUGGAGAGAGCUCAGGAGGCUGCAGCUCAGCAAAUCUUGAACAGCAUGCAGUUGUCUUGCUAAAAACUUUAUUUUUUUCAACAAAAAAAAAACAGCUUUCAUCUUCUGUGUGGUUUGUUUGUGCAUGCUUUUAAUUUGUAGGAGUGUUUUGACUUGUUUGUUAUUGUUUCU